CUUGAUAUUUCAAACAUCUUUGGUUUGUUUAACCAUCCAAGAUGGCGGCGCUUGUAGGGCUGCGUGCAUGUCUAUCUGCCCUUAGGCUUUCUUCACCAAGCCUUCUGCACAGCUCAUUCAAGUUGUGUGCUGUGCCUUUGAGUCGGCGGACCUUUGCUGCAGAGGCUAAAAAGACAUACAGCAGAGACAAACCUCAUGUGAACAUCGGAACGAUAGGCCACGUUGAUCACGGCAAGACCACCCUGACCGCAGCCAUUACAAAAGUGCUUGCUGAUGCUGGUGGUGCUCGAUAUAAAAAGUAUGAAGACAUUGACAAUGCCCCAGAGGAAAAGGCCAGGGGCAUUACCAUCAAUGCCUCUCAUGUAGAAUACACCACAGCAAACAGACAUUAUGCCCAUACAGACUGUCCUGGCCAUGCCGACUACGUCAAGAACAUGAUCACAGGCACCGCUCAGAUGGACGGCUGCAUCCUGGUGGUCGCAGCCACAGAUGGUCAGAUGCCUCAGACACGGGAGCACCUCUUGCUGGCAAGGCAGAUCGGUGUGGAGCAUGUGGUGGUUUUCAUUAACAAGGCCGAUGCUGUGGAAGACAGGGAGAUGUUGGAGCUGGUUGAGAUCGAGAUCCGUGAACUGCUCACAGAGUUUGGUUACGAUGGCGAGAACACACCUGUUGUGAUAGGCUCAGCCCUCUGCGCCCUGGAGAACAGGGAGCCUGAACUGGGUGUGAAUGCAGUGUUGAAGCUGCUGGAGAUUGUGGAUUCCUAUGUUCCUCUGCCCAAAAGAGAGCUGGAAAAACCUUUCCUUCUCCCAGUAGAAGGAGUUUAUUCAAUCCCAGGCAGAGGUACAGUUGUGACAGGAACUAUGGAGAGGGGCAUCAUCAAGAAAGGAGAUGACUGUGAGUUCGUGGGCCACAAUCGCAACUUCAAGUCAGUGGUUACAGGUGUUGAGAUGUUCCAUAAGUCGCUGGACCGAGCCGAGGCUGGAGAUAACUUGGGUGCUCUGGUUCGAGGCCUGAAGAGGGAGGAUGUAAGGAGAGGGAUGGUGAUGUGCAAACCAGGAUCCAUCAUGCCUCACCAGAAAGUCAAGGCACAGGUCUAUGUUCUGAGUAAGGAGGAGGGAGGCAGACACAAACCGUUUGUCACUAACUUCAUGCCCGUCAUGUUUUCUUUAACUUGGGACAUGGCAUGCAGAAUCACUCUGCCUGCUGACAAGGAAAUGGUGAUGCCAGGUGAGGACACAUCAUUGAUGCUUACGCUCCGCCAGCCGAUGAUCCUGGAGAAAGGCCAGAGGUUCACUCUGAGAGAUGGAAACAAAACCAUUGGCACUGGCCUGGUCACAGAAACCUUGACCGCUACAGAAGAGGACAAGCACAACUGGGGCUGAAGGGAACCUCUGUGAAAAGGGCUGGGCUUGGGUUGGGGGUGCCAUAGGGGUCAAUGCGGGAGGUUGACUGGGUGUUUGUCCGGUCAGAUAAAUUCAUUCUAGAAAUAUACAAAAACAAAUGCACGCAUCUUAAACAGAGAGGCUUAAAGAAGUGCAGAGCUCUGUUGUGCAGUUUCACCAACCAAAAUACCUGUAAUGUCAUGGACUUUGUGUUUAAGGACGGUCUGAAUUAUGUCAUUUAUGUAAUAAAAUGUAUUUAAUAAUA